CCACCCCCCCGACCGUGGGAUGAAGCCCACCAUUUUGAAUUUCAGCCUUCAUGGAAUAAAUAUGUCUGCUAUUGUCCAGGCAGAGAGAAGAGGGAGGGAGUGGGGGAGUCGUUGGGAGUGAUCCAACCUGACUAGACCGUUUACGUCCUGGUCAUUGUUUAUGUAUAUUGUGAAAUGCGCAUUGAUGGCAGAGUAUGGACUGUGUUCCAGUAAAGACAGAAUGGCUUAUUAGACUUCUAUCAGGGCAGAAACGAUUACGAAUUACGGUUUGCUUAGCUGACAGCUGAGUUCUGACAAAAUCAGCGGGUUGACUUCCACUACACCCAGCUCUCUCUACAAAUGGGUUGGAUGGGUUGGAUCGGAAGGGAGUAAAUGCAUAUGCCAAAUAUGUCAGGUCUAAGACUGCUGGUGAGCAGGCGAAGCAUAGACUUGAAUUGGGUUCAUAUUCAGGGAUGGCGGGGGAUUCUUAUAUAAUAACAUAGCGUGAAGCACUGAAGAUAAAGUCAGUGAAUUAUAUGGAAUAGUGAAAUAUGUGCUUUGGAUUACACCAGCGCCUGGUGGUAUAAAAAUUGGUUCAAAAUUUCGUGUACUGGAUACAGAUGACGUCAAACAAAAGACUUGUUUGUUUUCUGUUCAGGGUAUUGUUUUAUGGUUUUUGUUCUUUUGUUUGACGUCAUCCGUGUCUGGUACAUGAAGUAAAGGCCAAAAGUUGUUAUUAGUUCAAUCUAAGCGGAAAAGUACCUGGGAAACACUUACGGAAAGUAUAAAGGAGCCGUUUGGGAUCACUUCGACUUACGGAUUUCCAGGUGAGCAUGAGAUGAAAUAUAGGGAUCGUGAGCAUAAAUACAAAAUAAAAGAUCCAGUUUCAACUGAAGUAGCACUGUUCGAUGUUAAAUAUGGUAAUAAAAAGAACUCAAAGGGAUAUACUCAAAUAAAAAGGAGUAUAAAAUCUGCGGGCGCAAAGAAUUUAUCUUUGAUUUCAACCUGUAUUAUCACGAGGGCAGUUAACUUGACCCCUAGCAAAUCCUUCAUCUUUUUAAAAUAGCUCUUUAAUAAUGGUCUUCCAGUUGAGGUAUUAACUUCUCUCGUACAAUCUUGGCAGGCAGUAUUUUCUGGUUUCAAGUGAAUAGCCUUAAAUUCAAUUUGUUUUUAAUUGAACAUGUAACUCUUUUAAAAGAAAAUAGCAAAAAUUCGGACUCGUUUUUCAAAAAUUAGGUGACUUUUACUUUGUAGAUUUACAAGAUACACAAUAAAUCAUCUUGACUGCAGUUCCUCUUUCAAGCACACCAUACCAGCGGUGAUCGGCUUUUACCCAUUUUUCAGCAACAAAUAUUUUCAAGUAGGUUGAUGUGUUGUGUCGAUUUUUUAUCGUUUAUCAUAAAGAUGUAACUGAUUAUUUUUUGUGUGGGAAAUGAGGAAGGAGGGAGACAAGCGGAAUUCAUUGAAGCUGCAACAGAACAUUACAGUCUGUUGUACGUACAUACCUAAAUACGGUUGCUGAUAAUCAGUAGGUAGGAAUCCAGAAUACAUGAUAGCAGGCACGAGAUCUACGGUUUGUAGAUUAAUAGCAGGGAACACUAAUCCCGACUAGAGCAACAAAUAUUUCAUCGAUUUUUAGAAUAUACUGCUAUCCAUUUAUCGUUGCUCUGUUGUCUAACUAAACUUGAAGCGGGGAUUACCAAGCGACCCCUGCAAGGAAUGAGGAGGGAAAAGUGUAUAGGAAUCCCAUGAGCCACAGGUAUCAAACCAGGUACCAUUCCCUGCGCACCCCCAGCUACCUGGGUGUCACGCACGGGAAAACGGUGAAGAUAGACUUGCUUGAAGAACCUGGAUUCGUGGACAUUGCGUUACCCUCCAAAGUGAUCGAAACGUCAUGAAUUCCUUGACAGACGUUCCGCCAUAUUUUGCAAACAAAAGGUAAGAGGGGUCAGGUAACACGGCCGGCAAGCACACCAAGCAGGGCAGGGUGACAGUCAAAGAAAUGAUUAUCAGCUGAACAGUUAGUUACCACGAAUAGCUUCCUUUAUUUCAAAACAUUCCAGUGAAUCAUAGUAUCUGAUGCCUUGGAUCUUCUACAUUUAAGCGAAUAAUCAUGGGAUUAAAAUCAAACUAUAUAAAAAGCAAAACAAAAAGAGCAAAUGUAGGAAAUUUCGAUGUUAUGUAGAUAGCACACCUUCCAAAUUAGCCAAAUUAGAAUUAGCCGGGGGAUUUGUGCCAAUCAGAAAUUGCGAAAUAUCUUUAAUAAAUAAUAACCACAAUACUGUGAUCAAACGGAGAAAACCAUAUUCCAGACCCAGCCUGGAUAAUCUACUCUGUGUAGAGUAAACCAGAUCAUUUUCUGCGCCCGUGUUCCUUCGCAGGAUACCAACAAGACUCCUUUAGAUAGCUAAAAAUCGAUCCUCGACAAAGAGCAUCGUAAACAAGAGAAAAGCGUGUGAACAAAGAGAUUGGUUUGGAUCACUCUUAGGCUGGAUGCCAAGCAUAUCCUUUUCACUCUUACUUUUAUCGUUUUAAGAAUCACAACUAGGCCGCGGAUGCCCCACACUGUAUUUUAUAAGCUCCAGUUACAUUUUUGUAGACAAGAAACAUCCUUGGAAUUUGGUUGAAGCCUGAGUCGAACGUAGUCUAGGAACCGGGUGCACAUGACGUGACUAAGUCUAGAUGUUUAGUUGAAAGUCGCCCUUGUUCAUGUACUCUUUCUGAACACCUGAUUUAGAUCGUUACUGACUUUAAAAUCUUCGAAACACUUUUUAGGCUCAAUAUAACAGUACUGAUAGAAACAAUUCCAGUAGAGUUCGUUAUUUUACUUCGCCCAUUUUUUUUUUUCUGUUCAAAACGCCUGGUUUUAAAGUAGAUGAUUUGGCGCCUUCUGGGCCUGAUAAUCGUGGGCUCAUUUCAACUGCCAGCCGCAGGUUAUAACAAUGAUAUGGGCGAAUUUACAGACGCCAGCAAAACAGAUUUAGGCCAACCUCUUUAAAAAUCUCUGCGGAGCGAAUCGUAGGUGUUGAUGAUAGAAUAUUUUCACAAGGGUGGUUUGAGUAAAUGGUAAGCACCCCUGCAGUACUCAUAUUUAAUACCCUAGUUCACUUGUCGUCCAGCCUAAAUUUCUCCCUGAUAUGACAAAAAUAUGUAUUAGAAACAACCACAACACCUCAGUUACAGCUGCCAAACAAAUGUCAAAACGGAUUGGACUUUGCCUUCAACAUUAUAAAAGUGAAAGGCUGAAAUAGCGUCAGCUUGUUCUCUAUUACAUUCGUAGUAUCAGGUAACGGGCCCACGUACUGAAUCUUCCGCUUAUUCAAACUCCUGUGGAAAUGACUGAUCACGAGCAACGCUUUCCCUCUUUUGCCAGGGACCGCGGAGGGGGAGGGGCUGGUAGGGCCGCGGGCCCCACCACUUUUUUGCGCCCCCGCCCCCACUUUUUGCGCUAAAAAGAAAAAUAAUUAAAAGAAAAAAAGACUUGAAACAAGUUUUUUGCCGUCUAUAUUCCGCUAUAUUCUCUGUAUUUUCUUUAAUUUCAAACGCCAGGCAUUUUGUGGGGCUCCUGUGCUUUUCGCGGUAAUUGUGCUCUGGGGCCGACUUGCCCCUUGAUCAAACGCCAUGCCUUGGCCACCCCUUCGCUUCUUUCGGCAGCGUGUUUUGUACUUCCAGCUCCGGCAGAGUUUUUUAUCAGUUUUAUUAGACGAAAUGAAGAAAAUUAUUAGCUUUUUCAAGCCAAACGAAGGUGAGUAGUUGUUUUGAGUUGAUAAAAGGUUUAUCUUUUGUCAGUUUCUCCUUUCCAAUCAAUGAAAUAUUCGAUGGCAAGAAGAAUUACAUUACUUGAACAGUGAACGGCCAUAGUUAGAAAUUUUUCAGAUCACUUCAGUGUAGUAUUUUCUAUACUAAAAUUGUAAUCGCGUCUUUUCUUGCAUUGAAUCUGAACUGACCGUGUAUGUUGGCCGACCUAUAAAGAGCAACAAAUACACUGGAUAAAGUAUGCAAAGUCACGCGACAGAAACAAAUCAAAUACUAUGAUUUUAUUCCUUUUUUCGAUUUUCAAUAUGAAAAAAUUAUUUUCAAUUGUCAGCCCUGCCACUUUUCACCUUGCUCCGCGGUCCCUGUUUGCCACUACCAUUUCUGCAUUAAGUAUUAUUUUGUACUGCGUUGAGUUUUUAAGAGUCGAAUUGGAGUUGAACAAUCAGAGGGAGAGAUUGCAGGCGCUUGAAAACAUCCCGGAGACAGAGCCGCCAUCAAGCGAUCCAAACAUCGCCAAGUUCAUCAAGAUUGCUCGUCGUAUGUAUUUUUCAACGUGUCUUCAUGUUGCUUUAAAUUUCAUGCAGUCUGAAAUCGUUCUUCCCAUCCUUUUAAGAACAUUCCAGGAUACGCAAUUGUGCUCUACAUUAUCACCAGCGAUGGAGUCAAUUCGUCAAAGACUUGUGUUUGUCAGUGUUAAACAAAUUGAGUAGGUCAUUCCACGUAGAGAGGCCGUGUGACUGACUCUCUAACACUGUCCCCGAACACGGUGCAUUUAUUUUCGCACAAAUAAACGGGAAGAACUUUUUGUUGCCUUAACUAAACCAGCAAUUCAAAUAGAAGACUACUUAAAACCAACGCUUCGCUCUUCUUUUGCUACCACCAUAUCAACAUUAGGUAUAGUUCUAUAUUGCAGACGUUGAGUUUCUGAGAGAGUUGAAUAAUCACUAGAAGGAUUUAGAUGGCUUGAAUAUUCUUGGUUUUCACAUGAAGUCACCGACUGAAAAUCAAAAAUAAAGAAUCAUCGAUCCCCCUGAGCUUUUAAUUUCAUGGAGAUUACAGCAGCUGAAAAGUUAUAGUUUUACAAAUUUUCACUUCGAAAGGUUUCUUCGUUUUUUGCUAGAGUCGGCUCUUGAAUUUCUAAAAUUUUGCGUGACACGGUAUUUACGUGGCGGCCGAGACGAAUGUCAUGCAGGUUGAAAAGGUGACUUAUUUUGGAGGAUUUUUUCUAAUUUUAUUAUAGACAAGUAUUAUUUAAUGUUUAUGAGUCGGUAGCAGAUGUUUCUGUUGGGUUUCCGGCCACCAUAUUGGUGCCCCUCAGAGAGGCACCAACAUGGCGUCUCCAUACAAAGCUCUAUAUCUAUCUCGUAUACGAAAAAUUGAGCCGACCAUAUUUUUGGCGAAUUCUUUUAUUUCCCAGAUUCUGGACUUCACCUUCUAUCAUCAAGUUUAUCAAGAGUGCUGGCAGUAUAUAUUCUUUUACCCCAAACCCAAAAUUUCAAUCAUGCCGUAGAAAGUACGUAGUUCUUUCAAAAUAAACAUUCAAACGGGAAUUGAAGGAAUCAGGAUAAUAAUGUAAAAAGAAACCUUCGGAUCGCCAAAUAAAUACCGGAACUAUCUAAACAGAAUAAGCGUUGUCUGCUCCCAUAUGGCAAGCAAAACCAAACGUCGGCGUGGUUGAGCCCUUUUCUUUGUGCAGGAAGCCAAAAUAAUUAAUACCGUCCUCCUUUCAUACAACAGUAGGCUAAUCUCACAGAGAGAUUCGUUGUUAUUUCCUUUUCUUUCUUGUUUUCUCUUAGGUUAGUAUUUAUUUAAGUGGAAUUGUAUAAUUUAUUUCCUGAUUAGUGAUUAUUCUUAAUAAUAUUGUAAAAUUUGUCUUUAAUUCAAUAAAAACUGUUUUUAAAAAAGAGAGAGAUUAAGAUUCACGUUUACCGCCAACGGCAAACGUCAGACUUAAGUUGAGAAUUUCUCAGAAUAGAACAUAAGCAGAUAAAAACAGUCCCGAACGAUUCCUAUGGUUAAAACUGGCAUAAAACUACUUAUUUUUGUGUAGAAGCAUUAAAGAGUAAACGGAAAAUAAGGGGGAAAAUUGGUCACGUGGUACAAAUUCACCUCUGUCGUUUGGCGUAUUCGUGAAUCUUAAUCCCUCUAUUGCUCAACUGUACAACGCUAUACUUCCCCCCCGGGGGUAUUUGGGAUAAUUUUUGCUAGGUAUGUGCCGCUGGACUCUCGGAACCCCUAACCCAUUAUAGUCUAUUCUGUGGCCAUAUUAUUGAUCCCAUCCAUCUUAGUCACUUUGAGAAAAAAGUAAUUUUCGCAAUCCCAACUUAGUCAGUUUCUGUUUUUGCAUCUAUCUUAUAAAGCCUUUUAACUUCACGUAACUUGGUCAUCCUGAAAUGAACUGACAAAUUUUUUGACUAUGUGGUGUAAAUCUUCCUAUUUUGAAAUCUCUACAUACCCGAUUUUUCUGACACCCAAAAUCCUGAACAUGAUGUGCGACCCCAUUCUAGUAACUGUUAUAAACAUGCAAUCCUAUAAUAGUUAAUCCAGUCGUGAAAAUGCUACCCCAUCCAGGGGCACAUACCCAUUAGCCUACUUCUAGGAAGUACCCCAAGGGUAUAUUUUGAACAAUCGACUGCAAAUUGUGAUAAUUGGUGUGGUUUAGUAUUUAGUAUUUAAUUUUCUUUAUAACAUAAUGCUUCGCCUCAGUUUUGAUCGUCAAUGGUUAUUUUAAAAUAAAAAGAAAGCGUAAUAGAACGGAACGGCGUAAUCGAGUAAGACCAAGAAAUUGCAUGCGUAAGUGCGGUAAGGAUGUCUAUCACUGUCGAGGCGAUCUGCCACAGGCUUCCCCCUCAGUGAUAGCCCUGAGUUACCUGGAAGGAUCAAUUUUUGUACAGUUUAUCAUGAAUAUUUGAAACGUUGUUUACUUCCUCCUUUCUGUCUUUUCCCUACUAAGUUUUCUUCUUUAUUGUCUUGGUACACUUGAAUAUGGGUUAUUUUACAGCAAUAUGAUCAUAGCCACCUUCCGAGUUGAGCGUUGCAGUAGAGAGUCAGUCCAACAAGUCAAUGCAAAAGGAAAACAAAGCAGCAGAAAAAUAGCUGGCUUUAGGAGAAAAAACUUUGAAGUGUCACCAAUGAAGAACCGUUGAAGUGGCCAGAUUUCUUCGCAUGACCCCCUUCGUACGUUUAGGGAAAGUACCACGAACAAAGUUUCCGUUUCAGAUUAUACGUUUAACUUUGAUUCAACAAGCUUUGUUUCUUUGUGGACACCGCGCUAAUUUCUUUAUCUUCAUUUUGGACUGUCACCCCUCUCUUCCUUUAUUCGAAAGUCGUUUAAACUAUUAAUCUCGCGUUUAUUUCUAAUACCUUAAUUUCAUAGAGCGUUAAUUUCCUAUAUGAUAGGUAUGCUCAAUCUAUGUUUGUUACUUAGCUUUUCAUUAUGAGACAUUGUUUUGAGCUCCCAUUUCGCUGAUUUACGUUCUAUACACGCAACACAACUAAACAAGUUAUGAUUUUCUUGUUUUAUUAUCUUUUAAAAGACUUUGACUCCUAUGAACAUGGUAGAGGGAGGCGUCAAGCAAAUUUGGCCAAUACCACUAGGAAAGAUGCAGCGACAGUGGAUGUGAUGAGUAAAAUCAACAAACUGCUAACAGAAGGGAGACUGCAGCUCUGUCAAUCAAAGGGUGACAAUUGUCUAUCAGGUCCCCAGGCCCUCCUGGUCCACUUGGUCCGAGAGGAGAGAAGGGAGACCGAGGACGAAAAGGGAAGAGAGGAGCACACGGAAACAAAGGAGAUAGAGGUAUUAUGGGAUCACCAGGUAAGAGCGGCAAGCAGGGAAUCAUGGGAACUGUAGGACCAAAAGGCGAUCCUGGACUCAAAGGGCAAAAAGGAGACACAGGGCCCACUGGCAUGCCGGGAGCCAAAGGAGAGCCCGGUGAAUCGAUUUCAGCUCCUGUUGUUGCUGUUUCACCAACAAACCUGACAGUAAACGACAGUGAAACAGCUUCAUUUCAAUGUUCAGUCAGCGGUAAUCCUGAGCCUGCAAUAGUGUGGAGUAAAAGGGGCAACCUUUCCGAAGUAAACACGUCAGCGGUUUCGAGAGGGAGAUUGCUAUUAAAGAAUGUAAAAGCAAGACACUCUGGAGAAUACCAGUGCUUGGUAACAAACAUCUUAGGACAUGCGCAAACACUAGUGCAGCUUGUUGUAAAUGGUGAGUCCGUUUUGUGAAACAUUGAGCGCCUACCAUUUGUUUAAAAAAAAAACGAAAAUUCCGGCGAGAUUUCCGAUGUGGUAAUUGUUUUCAGAAAAAACGACGGUACCGGUAUUGGGUUUCCUCUUCCUCAUUCCUUUUUUCGCGUUUUUAAAUCGAGAUUUUAUGUUUUAUUUUUUCAUAAUUUCCUCGAAUCAAACAGUAAAGCCUGACUUAGUAAUAAAAAACAGCUUGCUAAAGUAAACAGCACUAGUAACACGACUUGCAACGUCAACUUGGAACAUAAAAAGUUUAUAGGCGAAUAAUUUAUCAGUUAGUGACACAAGCUAUUAGGAAAUAAAAAAUACUGGUUUUCCCAAGAAGUGUCGAAACUGUAACUCCAAAUGUAAUUCUAGAUGUUCUAUUACUAAGCACCGUCGUCUCAGAAAAAUUGAGGAAAGGUGCGCCCUUUAGUGGUCCUUCUAAAUUUGACCCUCAGAAUUAUUUCAUUGUGUUUUGUUUGUAUGUGUACCUAUGCAUAUUUAUUAGACUUUUAUUAGUUAUCACAUAAUAUAAUUUGGCCUAAUGUUUAUAAGUUGGCACCUACUAUUUAACAAUUAAUGAAUGAGGCUGAGUAUCUUAUGAAGAAUUAUGGAGAUCGAGGAGGGUGCUCGGCGGAUAACACCCUCCGAGAUCUCCAUAAUUCUUCAUAUGAUACGAAAGCCGAAUUCAAUAGUUUUAUUGUUCUUUCAAAAUAAUUCCUAGUUUAAAAACAUGGCUAAAACAUGCUUACCUCCAUCGAUCCAUCGAUGUUAAGUUCAUCUUCGAUAGAGCACGUUUAAGGUUGUUCAGCUCGGCAAAUAUUCUUCAAAUAGCAGAUGUCGCCCUUCGAAUUGUCUUCUUGCUGUUCUUGCCACGUUUUUAGCUAUUUUUUCGCCUAGUUCUUACUGUUGAAACGAGUGAAAUGUCCGCCAUUUUUCAAGUUCACAACCAAAACAACUCAACCUCGUCCCUAGCCUGCAAGAACGCUGCCUUUUUACGUGGUUUCCUCGCUAAGCACAAAAUUCUUCCAAAUUUGGUCAUCAGUAACUGGUUCCGGUGAAUUAAACAUGUGCUUUUAGCCAAUCAGAAUCGGGGAAAUAUUUUGAAUGAAAGAUAAUGUUUUAUUAGUUGGCAUUCAAAGUAUUUUAUCUUUGUUUUAAAUUUUAUUUUUUGUUUGUUUGUUUGUUUACAACAUUACAACAGAUUGAACGACGAUGAUGUGAACUGCAGAAAUACACAAUUAAAUUAAGAUAAUAUAUAUAUUUAGCCACAGCUAAAAGCGAAGCUCCCAUUGAUAAAUUUAUAACUUAAAUCAAACAAUAAUUUUGUAUUCCACAAAUCAGUUAACGUAAUAUAAGGGCACGUUCAUGUGACUUUUGAGGGAAAAGCUAAGUGAUUUUGGAGUGAAACAAAUUUUGUAUCGAGUUGAUAUAGCCUUAUAUGUACACCCAAAAAAUAGUCUUCGGUCACAUUUAAGAGCAAUGAUGGCUCUUGAUCACAGUAGAUAAGGCGUGCAAAACAAAUCAGACCGAAUUUUUUGCGUUCGACAAGUUUACAAAUUCUUGCCAAUAAAUCUGGGUGCGUGCAAACCAAUCUUUUAGUUUUUUGUAUACACCACAUCUGAGGAGAAAGAGUACUAUGAGGCGCUGUUUUUACAGACCUCGUACAAAAUGCAGUAUUUCACAAUUUUUCAAGACAAAUUGCAUUCAUUCAAUAUUCAGGACCAUAGAGGCACGCGUGGACUUUUAAUUAGCGAAACCGUUCAAAACAUUUCCAAAAUCACCUAUACGGCAAGCCGGUUCUAACUUUUGACAAGCGCCAAAUUUGCGAAGAAAUUUUAAAAGAGUUACGCUUCCACGUGAUAAAGAAUUUACUGAGUCUAUUUUUUAUCAACGGUUUUAUAACGAUGUGUAAUCUUAAAAAAGCGUUUGAUACGCUUCGCAUUUUGAGUACUCCUGCGAGCGACGUUUAUGAACGCCUGAAAACAAAAAGGCAAAGCGAUGAAGAUUACACUUUUGAGACUUCCAAAAAUCAAUAAAGAAAAAUAAUUCGAUAGAACAUUUACAGAGACAACAAUUUUCAUUCACGAAAAAAAAAUGAGUAUUUAAGUGUGUCUAAGAAUCCUCAAGUCUUUACUAGUAAGCUUAAAGUUUAUGUUUUAAGCCGCCGGUUUCCCGGUGUUGGCUGUUUUCAAAGAUUAACUCACGAAAAGAAAAUCGUUCAAAGCUUUUUUUCUACAGCCAAAAUUAUAACUAAAUAUUCUUCGGAAAGUUUUUUCUUUCUAUUUAAGGUGAAUUAAUAUCGACUAAAGGCUUUUUAAAGUUCUGUAAGCUUAAGCUUAUAUCAAAGCUCAUACGAGGUCAGAUCAGUGUCUCCGUCAAAUCGUAAUACAGACGUGCAUAAACUAGCUUCAUAAACUGCGCCGCUGGACUUCAUGAAAUUAGAUUUAAAUACAAUAAUUACUCAGGCUUACCAUAUUUCAAGAUGCAGCUCCUGAAAGCUAUCAAGUAAGGCAAUUAUCGCUUGAGCCUUUAUAAUUAUCGUACGCAUCCAGCAAGGUGAAAAACAAAAACGAUGCCAUCCGAAAUCGGAUUAUCGGCUUUGACAAGCGACGCAUUUUUCAACCAAAAACCCAAUCAACAAACCAGCCAUGAAUAAGAGAACACUCUUGAUAGCAGCUGUAUUUCAUUUUGUACAUCCAGUGGAAAAAGACAGUUACAAACAUCACAAGUUGACUCAAAACUCUGUCAGCUUCAACUGUCAAAGAAAACAACUUUCAAGAUGCUGCAUAAAUUUUACUCAUGAACUCACCUGUCAAAUUUUAACCAAUCAGAGCAUAAAAAUUGGACUUUGAGCGUGACCAACACGUGCCCAUGGUAAGAAAAGGUCUUCCCCGCCUGUAUUUUAAAAACACUGGCUGAAUUUUUGCGUCUGAAGUCAGUUUGAAAUCAAAAUCGUAAUAGUGCGGGGCGAUACUGACAUAAACACAACAUAUUUGAUAUGAAUUUAAAACAAAGGUAAACGUGAGCCUGCGAUCAUUUGAAAACGAGUAAAUUGUCAGCGGAUAACUUCAAAAAAUACUCGACCUCGAUGGGUCGACACCUGAGCCCGCGAUUCGGUCAGGUGAUAGUGGUCAGCGGAUACCCUGUUUUGACAGCUGUCAAUUGAUGACAACAUUGAUGUGCAAUCAGCUUUCUCCUGGGCUCCCAAAGUAGCUAGAAAGUGUGAGAGUAAACAUUGGUAUGCCUGUGGUGCGGACGGACGGUCGGUCGGUCGGUCGGUCGGUCACGUGAUUACCAAAUUUUCUGGGAUGGGUAGAUUUCCUUAGCAAUGGGGCUCCACCCACGCGCGCGAGUGGAGCUCCGCUAUGAUCAUCACAGUGGUAAUUGCAAUUUAAGCAAUUGCAAAUUAACUCGAAAAAAAAAUGCGGGACUCGAAUCAACGAUACUUAAAAAAGAGUAAAAUAAAUAUCAAACUAAGGAUAAAAUUGAGAGGCAACAAUGACAUGUUGAUUUUGUUUUAUUCCUGUAGUUCCUCCUCGAGUUUCUCUUCACCCAGGGCCUCAUUACGCCAUUGAAGGCAGCAAUUUCACUUUUCCAACAUGUCACGUGACUGGUUAUCCGACACCAGUGGUCAUUUGGAGAAGGGUAACCGGCCAGUUAUCACAGGAGAGGGUGAAAUACAAUAACAGUAAUUUGCAAAUUUUACAUGCUAGAAAAAUAGAUUCUGACGUGUAUCUUUGUUCAGCAACAAACCUGCUUGGAGGUUUUAAAAAGAAAACACUUGUGGUCAUCGUUUCUCAUCCUCGAUUUACUGUUAAGCCACCUGUAAGCAUAUUUGCAGCGCUUGGAGACACUUUGACGCUUAAUUGUAGCGCAACUGGUGACCCUCAACCAGUUAUUAGCUGGAGGAAACAAGGAGGUCAUUUGCCAGUUGGAAGGAGCCAGCAGCUUAAUGGUGCGUUAGUGAUUAGAGAGAUUAAAGAGAACGACACAGGUCAUUAUAUUUGUACCGCAACCAGCGCAGGAGUGUUUAAAGUGGAAACUGUGACGACCAUUAAAUUUUAUCCCAGAGGUCAGUUUUAACUAUAGUGUAAAAUAUAGAUUUAGCCAGGGCUAAAAGCGAAGCUCUCAAUAAUAUUUAUUGUUUGUUCAAACAAAAUACAAAAUCGUGUAAUGCUGCGAUGGCAACGCGUCCGGAGAACGGCGAAAAAAAACGACAAUAGGUCUAAUUAGCAUAAAGCAACUUUGCACGCGCGGCACACUUUUUUUGUACAUUUCUUAGCCGUUUUGCACGACUACAACGUGAAACUUCCAGAAACAUCCCAGUUACACUUUUCAUGUAGGAAAUGUCGUACGUGUUCUCGUUCACUUUUUUUUCACUGCCGCUCAUUUCCACAUUGCAUUGGUGGCCGCUAGCAUUUCUCAUUUUCUCACCGCCGCUACAAAAUUUUUAAUGUUGUUCUUCCAACAAAAAAAUAUCUCCUUUGUGUUUUUGUCUCUCGCUCUAGAUCUCUCUCGCCCUUUUUCUCGUUGAGCUUCACUGGCCUGCUGCCUAGUUUCUCUUUUUCUCUGUCUCUCUUGCUCUAUAUUCCAAAUUUGUGGACAUGACACUAAAUUAAUCUUAGCUGAUAGACAUCGCGGAUAGAGAAACAAUUUCCGCUCUCCGUUUUCGUCUUUUUGACUCUAUAGUUGUCUCUGCUUUAAAAGACGUGGGUGGCUCUCCCUGCCCAUUUCCCGCCAAAAUAACCUCGAGUUGCAUUUGGGUUGCCAUACCUGUUGAUGGAGUUAUUUUACAUUGUUAUGACUGUGGUGCGGACGGAAGGUCGGACGUAUGGUCACGUGAUUACCAAAACUUCUCGGAUGGGUAGAUAACAAAAUUUUCUUACCCACGGUGCUCCGCUGCGCUCGCUUCGAGGGCGAGAGAGCUCCGCUAUUAGCCCCUCUACUGACAUCUGAUCAUUUUGAAUGACAGAUAACUUAGGCCUCAAAUCUGUGAAUAUAACUAAGGCACUGAUGAACAUUGUACUCGAUUGGACUUUUCGCCUUUAUCAGACUGUUUAUUUUGUAAUUUAACGAUCUUUUAAAAUUGUCUUCCUGAAAUUCAGGUUGGGGUGCAUACUGUCAGUCCUAACUAAAGAGAAAAGUAGUGGAUCCUGGGCAAAAGUAGAGAAAUGUUUUUGUAUCUUAAAAAUGUUAUUUCAUUAACGCUUUUCAUUCUAAUUUAGGUCAAGACUGUUUACUGCUGCUAAAGAUAGGCCAUACUAAGAGUGGAUUGUACUCUGUGAACCCAGACGGUAAAGGAUUCUUCACUGUUUACUGUGACAUGCGCACUGAUGGAGGAGGAUGGACUGUGUUCCAGAGAAGGCAAGAUGGCUCUGUAGACUUCUAUCGCGAAUGGAACGAUUACAAAUCAGGAUUUGGUCAGCUGACGGCUGAGUUCUGGUUAGGAAACGACAAGAUCCACAGGCUGACGGCCGCUAGACCCAGCACUCUACGAGUGGAACUUGAGAACUGGAACGGAGUAAGAGUGUAUGCUAAAUAUGGCAAGUUUUACAUUGGUAAUGAGCAGGCGAAGUAUCGACUUGAAGUGGGUUCAUAUUCAGGGACAGCGGGAGAUUCGUUAGCGUUGCAUAAGAAUAGGGCGUUUACCACAAAAGACAGGGAUAAUGAUAUAUGGAGCAGGGGUCACUGUUCUUUGUGGAGUGGAGGUGCCUGGUGGUACGACAAUUGCCAUCACUCCAAUCUAAACGGAAAAUACCUAGGAGAGAAAGUUGAUGUCAGGGGUAUCACGUGGCGUCAUUUCAAGAAUAAAUAUCUAUCAUUAAAAUUUUCUGAGAUGAAAUUAAGACCCUCAUCCUGA